AUGCCUUCUCUCAAUGACACCCCGUUCCAUCCCCCCUUCUUUCACCUGCUGGGAAUACCGGGACUGGAGACAGUCCACCUCUGGAUUGCUUUCCCAUUCUGUGCUGUGUAUCUGAUCGCCCUCGUGGGAAACAUCACCAUUCUCUCCGUGAUCAAGGCUGAACACAGUCUCCACCAGCCCAUGUUCUACUUCCUGGCCAUGUUGUCUCUGAUAGAUCUGGGGCUGUCCACCUCCACCAUCCCCAAAAUGCUGGGCAUCUUCUGGUUCAACCUCCAAGAGAUCAGCUUUGGGGGCUGCCUUGCUCAGAUGUUCUUCAUCCACAUGUUCACCGGCAUGGAGACGGUUCUACUGGUGGCCAUGGCCUAUGACCGCUUCGUUGCCAUCUGCAACCCUCUCCAGUACACCGCCAUCCUCACCAAUAAAACCGUCAGCAUCUUAGCCUCUGUUGUGGUUGGAAGAAACUUAAUUCUUGUGACUCCAUUUGUGUUUCUCAUCCUGAGGCUGCCCUUCUGUGGGCAUCACAUCAUUCCUCACACAUACUGCGAGCACAUGGGUCUUGCCCGGUUGGCCUGUGCACCCAUCGGGAUCAACGUCAUCUAUGGGCUCAUGGUGAUCUCUAAUAUCAUCGUAGAUGUGGUCCUGAUUGCCUCUUCCUACGUGCUGAUCCUUCGAGCUGUCUUCCGUCUUCCCUCUCGGGAGGCUCGACUAAAGGCUCUCAACACUUGUGGUUCUCACGUCUGUGUCAUGCUCUGCUUUUACACACCGGCAUUUUUUUCUUUCAUGACACACCGCUUUGGUCAUCAUAUUCCCCGGUACGUCCACAUUCUUUUGGCUAAUCUCUACGUGGUUGUCCCACCUGCCCUUAACCCAGUCAUCUAUGGAGUCAGGACCAAGCACAUCCGAGAGCGGGUUGUAAAGAUACUUGUACAGAAAUAA